AUCUUGAGAGACAGGAAAACUAUCGGUAGUGGCACGAAAACUAACUCCCUGAAUCGUGGAGAACAAACCAUUAAUUUGUCAUUGUAAUGAAAAACUAUGCACAUUGUUAAUCUUACUGCCCUUCAGCAAUGGAUGACAGGACGGAUCCUGAGAGCCAUAGUACAGAUUUAAACUUGAUGGGGACAAACAAUCAUCUCCUUAAACCAUGUCAAGCUGAUGGAAAAGAUUCUGCAUCUACUAAAACCUGCAAUCACAAUAAGAAGUCUACCGAUAAAAGUGACGAGGAUGUCAUUCAUAACUCGCCAUUAGGAGGCGCUAAAAUGGACUGUGAACAUGACAGUGGGUCAGCUGAGCCUGCGAUUGUUGACCAACCUGUCAAUCAAGUGAAUUCUCCCAAUGGACAGAAGCCUUCCAAACCAUCAUCAGACUGUACAUCUUCUGGCAUCCCCACUGGGGAUAGCCCCAGUCUAUGUCUGAGCUUAAAUGAAACACCGUGCGUUCCUCAGGAUGUGGUAAUGUUGAGCCCAGAGAGCUCCAUGUGCAAGGACUCUCUGGAGGGGACUUGUGCAGAAGAAGAAACAUGUAGUGCUUCCUGUCUAACCACAGGGUUAAAGACUUCAGACAGGUCAGACACAAGGGCCAAAGAGCAAAUAGAUGAGCAAUGUAAUGUGGUCACUGUGGAAAGCGAUGCACACAAGACUAACUGCCUUGCACCUUCAGUUUUGAACACGAUAACUAAUCAACAAGACAACAGCUGCACAAAAUCGGUCAAAAGUGAGCUGACAGAAGAAAGAAGAGACCAACUGUGGAGGGGAACAUCUGUGGAUGAGCUUAGGAGGACGCCAUUGUGUGGUCAUCCAUUGCCCCAUUUGAAGGCUACACCCAGUCAUUCUGUUAUGAUCAGAACAGACCUGCUUAGAGAAGGUGACGUCCCUGUCCCAUACCCGAGCAAGUUCAGAGAUGCUUGGGAUGACCUCUCUGUGAAGAUGCCCUGUUCAGAGAAGAACCUCUUCCCAGUUGAGACAGAAGGUGGCAACACGAUCCAAAGCAGAUGGGACGUGAUCUGUGCGGCCUUGGAAAGUGAAUGCAAGAGUUCUCUGGACAUUAGGGAUGCAAUCCUGAGAUACAGUGCUGCUCAUGCCAAGCGAUGGGACUUCACUGCCCUAAAUGUACUUUGCACUGAUGCUCUGGAGCACAAUGAGGUCCAACGGCUGUUUGAGGUUCUUCUCCCCAGCAUGGUUCAGCUCGCGCUCAAUGCCACUCUCAUUUGCACACAGCCGAUCCCCCUGCUGAAGCAGAGGAUGAAUCACUCCAUCACGUUGUCCCAGGAGCAGAUCGCCUGCCUGCUGGCCAAUGCCUUCUUCUGUACCUUUCCUCGACGCAACGCCAGAAAGCCAGAAUACGUCAAAGACUAUCCAGAGAUCAAUUUCCACAGGUUGUUUGAGGGUUCUUCUCCAAAGAAGGUUGAAAAACUGAAAACUUUGCUGUGUUAUUUCCUGAGAGUCACCGAAUCCAGACCUACGGGCCUUGUGACGUUCACCAGACAAAGCCUUACCAAUUUUCCUAAAUGGGAAAGCUCCCGCACUCUACUUUCACGAUUGCACAUUACUUGUGAGGGAACUAUUGAAGAUCAAGGAUAUGGCAUGCUUCAGGUGGACUUUGCCAACCGAUUCGUUGGGGGAGGGGUGACUGGGGGGGGCCUGGUGCAGGAAGAGAUCCGCUUCAUCAUCAACCCUGAGCUGAUUGCGUCACGUCUCUUCACUGAAGCCCUGGACCACAACGAGUGCCUUAUCAUCACAGGAACAGAGCAGUACAGCAAGUACUCUGGCUAUGCUGAGAGCUACAAAUGGAAAGAGAGUCACAACGAUGAGACGCCAAGAGAUGAUUGGCAGAGGAGAUGCACAGAGAUAGUUGCGAUAGACGCAUUGAAGUACAGACACUUUCUAGAGCAGUUCCAGCCUGACAAGAUGAUCAGAGAGCUAAACAAGGCGUAUUGUGGAUUUUUCCGACCAGGAGUGAGCAGCCAGUACCUCUCUGCUGUUGCCACGGGGAACUGGGGAUGUGGAGCGUUCAGAGGAGACACACGACUCAAAGCCUUGCUGCAAAUGAUGGCCGCCGCGGAAAGUGGACGGGACAUGGCUUACUUUACAUUUGGGGAUGCUGAACUGAUGAGGGAUGUGAGCGACCUGCAUACAUUCCUCACAGACAAAGCAGUGACUGUUGGUAAACUCUUCGUAGAACUAAAGCAGUACUUUAACAUUGUAUGUAAGAACUGCUCUGGGCCGCAGCCAGAUGUGAGUUUAUAUGGAUUUCUUUAUGAGAGACUCAUCUCGGAUCCUGAACCCACUGAUACUGAGAAUACUGCUGCAACACCUAGCCCAUCUACAGGCUGACUUCAAUACAGGGAUCUAAACACUUUUUGGUGAAAUGCCUGAAAACUUUUAAAAUUGUUUCAAUGCCAUUCUGAGAUCUAGUCUACAGAAGCACAGUAUGCCUUGUCUUCUUUUACUUGCAAAUAUAGCACUCUGAAUGAGUCACCAAAUGUCCUACAGAAUUGACGAAAAUAGCAAUAGUUAAUCUUGGUUGCUGUAAUGUCUGGGCACAUUCUGAGAUUUUGUUGGUUUACAGAUAGCACUGCGUAAUCAAUGGUGGCCAAAUGUAUUGCAUGAUCUUGUGAAAAUUGUCAGUGGAAUGAGACAUUAGGACACUACUAUUGGUGUUUAGAUUCUUUAAACUGAUGGAAAUGAGUCAAUCUUGCAAUACAUACAUGAUAUGUUGUUUUCUGAGGUGUUGUAUGUUGUAUUCAGUAAUAUGCAUGAAAACAACAACCUAGAUACAGACUGCAGUGGAACACAGUUCCAUGUGAUUGAGAUCCCCAGCAUAAAUAAAGCUUAAAUCCUUUUUCCACAUCUAGUGUAUGUGUGGUAUUACUGCAGUUAACGCAAUCAUCAAAAUAACUUUCCCACUACAAUAGUUUUGUCGUAUGAAUGGGUCUAUUGAAGCGAUGGUGGUUUGAUAACUUUUCAUAUAUUCCUUGCAUGAUGUUUUAACAGGCUAUCAUGAUAGGGGGUGUGGGGUGGGAUUUCUAUUCUUAAUUUGUGUCUUUAAUUUUGUUAUAUUUGGGAUUUAAUAGGGUAGUAAAUAUUUUCUGUAUUAUGCAUUGUACAAUUAUUUGUUAAUUAAACUUUAAACUAUUAUUAUUAAACAGUUGAAGCUGCUCAACCUCCAAGUA